CCUCCCUCCCUCCCUCCGGGCUGGGCUCGAAGGCCGCCGCCGAGGGAGCCGCGUAGGGAGGACUCCGGAGCAGGCGCGGAGAUGGCGGCGGCGGCCGGGGCGGUUGCCCGACGGCGGGGGCCGCCCGUGUACUCGCAGAAAAAUAUCACAUCAAAGAAAAAAUAUGACUUUGAAGAUAUAUUGGAGGAGAGGCGGCAGUCCAGUGACCUCAGAUAUGCCAUGAAAUGUUACACUCCUGUUGUUUAUAAGGAACUUUCCCCAUGCAAGCCAAGUGCUAUUAAAACAGUUGUUCUGCAAUCUGAGCAAGUUCAGUAUGUCAUCCGACAUCUUUCAAAAGAAACAGGUGAAUCGCCUGACAUUAUACAAGAAGAAGCAGCAGAAAUUCUUGAUGAGAUGGGACACAGCAUGCAUAUGGGAGCUAUACGUUUUUUUGCUUUCACACUGAGCAAAAUAUUUAAAUGUCUCUUCAGGAGCAUUUGUGUGAAUGAAGAUGGCAUGCAAAAAUUGCAACAGGCAAUACAAGAACAUCCAGUUGUCCUGCUUCCCAGUCAUCGGAGCUACAUAGAUUUUCUCCUGUUAUCUUAUGUGCUGUACACCUAUGACUUGGCUUUGCCUGUUAUUGCUGCAGGAAUAGAUUUCUUAGGAAUGAAAAUUGUUGGUGAGUUGCUGAGAAAGUCAGGUGCCUUUUUUAUGCGACGUACAUUUGGUGGGAAUAAACUGUACUGGGCAGUGUUUGCUGAAUAUGUGAAAACUGUAUUAAAGAAUGGGUAUGCCCCUGUUGAGUUUUACCUUGAAGGAACAAGAAGUCGCACAGCAAAGACGUUGAAUCCAAAAUUUGGCCUCCUCAAUAUUGUUAUGGAUCCUUUUCUUAAAAGGGAAGUGUUUGAUAUUUAUCUUGUCCCAAUCAGUAUCAGCUAUGAGAGAGUAUUGGAAGAAUCCCUUUAUGCAUGUGAACUAUUAGGCGUCCCUAAACCAAAAGAAUCAACAUCGGGACUUUUGAAAGCCAGAAAAAUUUUAAGUGAAGAUUUUGGAAGUAUUCACGUAUAUUUUGGACAGCCUUUAUCACUCAGAACAUUGGCAUCUGGGAGAAUAAAUAGAUGUCCAUUCAACUUGGUCCCAAGGCAUAUUCCUCAAAAGCCAUCUGAGGAAGUCCAGGAAUUUGUCAGUGAAGUAGCCUAUAAAAUGGAGCUCCUUCAAAUAGAAAACAUGGUUCUGAGCCCAUGGAUAUUAGUUGCAGUGGUUCUGCUUCAGAAUUUACCAGCAAUAGAACUUGAACUUCUGGUGGAAAAGACGCUUUGGCUGAAAAAUAUAACUCAGACAUUUGGAGGAUUUCUUGACUGGCCUGAUAAUCUGUGUGCCAACAAAGCAGUCAGAUCUGCCCUUGCUCUUCACUCAAACAUUGUAAGCCUUGUCAAUGGUCAAGUGGUGCUCAAUGACAAAGAAAUGGGACCUGGUGCUCCAGAGGAUCUUGUCUUUAAACAGGCCCUUGCCAUCCUCCUUUGUGGCUCCUACAGGAACCAGCUGCUGAACAUCUUUGUGAGACCAGCUCUAGUAGCACUGGCAUUAGAAAUCACACACUCUUCCAGAAAAGAGGAAAUCUAUAGCAAUUUUGCGUUCUGGCGUGAUGUGUUUUCUGACGAGUUUAUCUUCUUUCCUGGAAUACCCCUGAAGGAUUUUGAAGAAGGUUGCUUCUUGCUUACAAAAUGUGAUGCAGUUCAAGUUACUCCCCAGCAAGUCUUUGUUACAGAGAAAGGAAGUUUGGUGAUCUCUUUUUUGACAGCCAUGUUCAGGCCUUUUGUGGAAGGAUACCAGCUAAUUUGCAGAUACCUUUCUAAGGAAGCCAAUGAGGCCUUCGCUGAGAAGCAGUUUAUUUUUGGAGUCCGAAGCUUCACUUCUCAGCUUCUUGAAAUAGGAAGCACUCAGUGUUACGACGUUCUGUCUUCAGAUAUGCAGAAAAAUGCUUUGGCAUGUCUUGUGCGAUUAGGCGUUGUGUCAAGAACAAAAAUGAAUGAUGGAUUUACUUACAGUGUAAACAAAGAAACUUUGAAUAAAAUUGCAGGAAUGUUUGAAUCGAGGAUACCUGUAAGAAAACCAAUGGCUGCAAGACUUUAAUUGAAGGAGACUUCCAAGGAUUGCUUUAGGCACAUUGAAAUGGUGGAGGAUGGUUGAAAGCCAGGCAGAUGAUGGAGAGAAUGUUACUGAAGACUACAGAUCCCUCCACCUUGCAGUGCUACACUGAUGGAGAAGUGAUCCUGGAGUCAAAACGUUACUGUCUCAAACUUGAACUUUAUGGCGCUGAGCUUACUUGUACACUCACGGUCUUUUUGAUAAACGUCACUCCUCUUUCACCCAACUAAUUGACAGAAUUAAACAGUAAAAUUGGAGCUGUUUGACAUGAUGAGGAAAUUGUUACUUUUAUACCAUGAUCUUGUUGUUGUGAUAACAAUGUAACUGAGAAACUAAGGACAUAACAUUAAAAGCAAUAUUUAAGGAAAA